AUGAAGAAUACUAAUCUAUCAAAACAAUUUAAUUUUUUAUUUACUAUUGCAUUCUUGAUAUUUUCAUUGACCGAUGGAAAAGGAUUCGCAGGUGGACGAGGAGGUAGCGGUUUCAAAGGUGGCUCGAAAAGCUCAGGAACAUUUGCUGGUGCAUCAAGUUAUAAUCGACCUAAUAGCUAUAAACCUAAUAUAGUUCAAACUCAAGGUGGUGGCGGUGGUGGUUUUAAAGGGAAAGCUAUUAGUUUUGCUGCUGGAGCUGCUAGUGGUAUAGCAGCAUAUUCAUUGAUGAAAUCAAUGUCUAGUUCAUUUCAUUCACGACCGGGUGGCAAUUAUGAACCAGGCUAUGGUGUUGGAGACACUUGUGUAAAUAAUGAAGAGAUGAAUGGUACGGCUUUCGGACAAUUUCGUUGCCCAUUGAAUGGAUUUCCGUAUGAAGCAAAGUCUUGCUGUGGUGAACAUGAAAAGCAAUUUUGUUGUAUACCGGAAAGAAGCAGCCGCCUGGCAACAAACACAUCAAAUUUCGGCUGGAUUAUUCUAUUCAUGGCCAUUGUUCUUGUUACUCUUUUACUUUGCAUUCGGUAUCGACGACAUCAAAAAAAAGAGAUUGUGACGAUACCAACAGGACCACAACCAACUAAUGAAAAUUCAUACGGAGUUCCACCAACAAAUCCAAUAGGAAAUUUUAAUCCAUAUGUAAAACAACCAGUUAAUCUCUAUUAA